CCCAACGUCUUCAAUCAAUCUAAAAAAGGCGCGCUCACGAUACCUUCGUACGCUUUCAACACUUCGUCUUCGUCGAGAAGUUUCUCUUCUCCAUCAUCUCUCCGAUGCCAACCUCUGCCGAUUCUUCUUCUUCUUCUUCUUCUUCUUCUUCAUUUCUUGAUUGCGCUACUCCGAGGAGUCUGAGCGUUCAACUCGUGUCUAAAUCGGCGUCGGAUCGCCUUCUCGACAAGUUCUUCGAUGCCUCGAAAUUCAAUUUCGAUUACGAACAGAGUAGUUUGUGGUCUCCGCCGAUUCCGCGGCGAGUGUUUCUGGAUUCGCCGGAUGAUGUUUGCUCUGGUUAUGAGGUUCUCUCGAAGCUUGAGAAUGUGAAGAAGGCUUGGAGGAAAUUUAUUACUUGUUUCGGAGCGAACGAGUAAUCGAAGAGAAAAGGAAACAGAAAAGCUAUAUUUACUUGCUCAUAAUUGUCGAGGUAAAGAAUUAGAAUCACACAUAAACCGCUAUUGUUUCUUUAUUGAUUAUAAGCAUGAUUUUCUGUUUCAGUCUACAAAUACGAACUUCAAAAGUGUAUGAGCUUACUUGUAUAUAUCCGUCGUGGUUAUAUGCAUAUGAAUGUGGAAGUUAUCUCGUUAUUGUUGUUUGAUUCUAAUUGGAAAUUUCUGGUGUUUAUUGCAGGGAUUUUGGUGAUCUUGGAAUCAUGGAUUCCACCUUACAACUUUUGAGCAAUUCUCUCCCAUUAUGAUCCGCGAUUCAAAAUGAUUCGGGAAAAAAAAAGAAGAAAGAAGAGAAAUUAGGCUUCUCUUAUGAGUUUCUGUUAAUUGUGUUCUUAUCAUUGAAGAAAGAUAAAUAAGAAAUCAAAAUUCACAAAUCCUAUAAUUUUACUUCCAUUUGUCAAAAAUAUGGAAAAUAUGAAGAAUAUUCACAUUCUUUGGCUUCUCAUUUUGCACCGAAGAAUUUGAAUUUGGUAUAUACAGUUGUCCUUCGAUCUCAGACAUGCUCAGUACUGUUGCAACUGCAAGGGGAUGUUUAAUGCAGAAGAACGAAAGGGAGAUUCAGAAAACUCUGCAAUUGUCUGGGCAGGUAAGGCCAGAAUAUCUGCCUUUGCUUUUUGGUUAAGCUAAAGCACAUUCGGAACAGCCACCUACCUACACCAUGCACUGCUUUUUGCUUUUUCUUCUGAUUAUAAUCCUCAUUUUGUAUAUUGUAAGCUUGGAUUAGAUUCCUUUCAAUUUGUACUCCUUUUCGUUCCUCAUACAUAUUCAUACAUAAAAUGUUCACUAGUGCUGUUGGUGAGUAGCUAGAUUAGGCUUACUUUUUUUUGUCUUUUUACUUUUGUGCUCUCUGAUGUCCUUGAAUUCGGUUCCCAAAUUGUUACACACCC